AUGUUCGGUUACCGAUCAACUCAGUACACGUACGGCUACGACCGGCACGAAGCAUCGGUCCGCGAGUUACAGCGAAAGGCACGGCUGCACUUUACGAUCAAGGACUAUGACGUGCAUGGGAAGGGCAGCCUGGAACGGGCCCAGUUAGUGCUGCUGUUAACUGACACAGACUCCUCAACACCUCCAGGGGUUCCUCCGACUGAGGAACAGGUGGAGUUCCUACUGAAGCUCUGUGAGGUGAAGGAAGACGGUUCCAUUAGGACGAAGGAGUUGGAGGAGCUUCUGUCUUGCUGGUACACGUUUAGCGAAAAGCGGCGCAUCUUUGACGAGAAGUUGGCGAAGUAUGAUCUCUCAAAGACUGGGAAGCUCUCAAAAGAAGAGCUGAAGGCUUAUCUCACUGAGCUUAACGGUGGCCACGAUGUACAGCAAACCGAUGUGGACUGGGUCAUGACAACCUCUGACGUCAUCCGUGACGGUGGACUCAACAAGAUGGAGCUUGAGCUAGCAACAGCGCUGUGGUAUGGCUACGUUGGCAAGAAACCUCAGAGCCAGUGUUGCACCACGUCUUGA